CCCGGAUCAUGGCACUCUGUGUGGGGCAAUGGAAGGUUUGAGGACGCCCAUGUAGGAAAGAAGGGCAGCCUGGCCCCACUGAGCCCAGCUUCUCCCUGUGACCCUGGAGGAAACUACUCAGCCCCCAGCUGGGGAGAGAGUCCAGGAGGCCAGGCUUCCCCUUGCUUCCUGGCUCAGGGGAUCACAGAGGGACAAGGAAAUUUAGUGUGUGUGUCUUCUUUUUGUUUCAUUCAAAAUUUAAUUUAGUAUCAAGCAAGAGGAGCUUUAGUAUCAAGCUCCUCAUUUUAGUAUCAAGCUCCUCAUUUUAGUAUCAAGCAAGGUAGCUUAACUCUGCAUAAGACUUCAUUACAAAAUAGUACUUUUUUUUUUUCUUUGCACUUGUGAUUGGCUUCCCCUCUACUUCUUUUGGUAAGAGUAGGUUGGUGUCCAGGCUCAGAAUCCAUUUUUCCUCCCACACCAAAGCACCUGUGGUUUGGGUGAAGCAGCCUGGAGCCUGGCUGCAUAAAGCUUUGCAGCAGGAGGGUCCCGGUAGGAGGGUCGAGGUGCUACUUGCCCUGGUCCAGCUCAGAGGCCAACACCAGGGAGGCUCAGUGUCCUGUUCCCAGGAUCUGCACAUGGGGUUGCCUUUCUGCAUCUCCCCAUCAGAGUGGUAGGUGCUUCUCCAAGCCCCCUCAUGCCGGCCUGGACACAGCGGUCUGCACCUUGACCCUAUUGCAUGCCAGUGGAGCAGAGCCCCCCAGGCCAGAAGCCCCACAGCUGUUGGCCCUGGCUUGGACGCUGGGCAGGGGGCACCGGGGCAGGGGCUGGCUGCAAUCCUGUGGCCCCAAAUGCUCCCUCGCUGAUGGCUUCGUGUUCUGUUCUGGGUGCGGAGCAAAGAGGAGCAGGUGUCGAAGGCACCUCAGGCAGGCGCUGGGCUUAGUGGGCGUCUUGUGCUCCGUGAUUUUGAGGCCAUUUGCAGCCAGCUCCGCCAGCCCGAGCUCCGAGCUGCAGCUGCUGCCAUGCACAACAGCACCACCAUGAGUGUCCUGGGGGCUUUCUUCAGGAGAGGCUGUCAGCAUCCUCAAGUUCCAGCUGCUUAACCCCAGUCCUCUUUCAAGAGGCUUUUUUUUUUUUUUCACCAGAGGCUUCUCAAAUGGCCUGAAAGCUCAGCUGACUCCCACAAAGUUUGCUGGGAACACAGGGCUGCCAGUGACAUUCCUGGCGCCAAGACUUAAGCACGCGGGUUGCACGCAUCGGCCAGUGUCUGUGCCACGUGCACUGACGCCCCCUGAGAUGUGCACGCCGCACGCGCACGCCGCACGCGCACGCCGCACGCGCGGCAGCGGCUUGGCUGGCUUGUAACGGCUUGCACGCGCACGCCGCACGCGCACGCCGCACGCGCAUAACGGUUUGGCCGGCCUGUAACGGCUUGCACGCGCACGCCGCCCCCGCAUAACCGUCAGACUGGCCUGUAACGGCUUGCAGGCGCACGCCGCACGCGCGUAAUGGCUUGGCUGCCCUGUAAUGGCUUGCACGCGCAUGCUGCACGCGCGUUAACGGCUUGACUGCCCUGUAAUGGCUUGCACGCGCAUGCUGCACGCGCGUUAACGGCUUGACUGGCCUGUAGCAGCUUGGCUUGGCUUUGCAUUCUUUGCUUGGCUCUGCGUUGGUCGCUUGGAUUGACGUUUCCUCCUGGGAUUGACGUUUCCUCUCUCGCGUUCCUUUGCUGGACUUGACCUUUUCUUUGCUGGGUUUGGCAUUCCUUUGGGUGGGCUGGGUGUUUUCUUGGGGGGGGGUUGGCCCUUCCUGGGGUGGGCGUGGGGUCGCCCCCGGGGGGCGUGGGCUUUCCCCGGGUGGGUGUGGGUUUUCCUUGGGUGGGGUGGGGUGGGCUGUGCUGGGAUCCCCUGCUGGGGUUGGCAGGUUUUGGCUGGGAUUGACUUUUCUCUUCAAACAGAUGGGAAACCCGGAGUUACCUGCUAGUUAGUGAAACUGGUUGGUAGACGUGAUCUGCUGGCUACUACUGGUUUCUCCUGGCUGUAAAAAGCAGAUGGUGGCUGAGGUUGAUUCCAUGCCGGCUGCCUCUUCUGUGAAGAAGCCAUUUGGUCUCAGGAGCAAGAUGGGCAAGUGGUGCUGCCACUGCUUCCCCUGCUGCAGGGGGAGCGGCAAGAGCAACGUGGGCACUUCUGGAGACCAGGACGACUCCACUAUGAAGACACUUAGGAGCAAGAUGGGCAAGUGGUGCCGCCACUGCUUCCCCUGCUGCAGGGGGAGUGGCAAGAGCAACGUGGGCACUUCUGGAGACCACGAUGACUCCGCUAUGAAGACACUCAGGAGCAAGAUGGGCAAGUGGUGCUGCCACUGCUUCCCCUGCUGCAGGGGGAGCGGCAAGAGCAACGUGGGCACUUCUGGAGACCACGAUGACUCCGCUGUGAAGACACUCAGGAGCAAGAUGGGCAAGUGGUGCCGCCACUGCUUCCACUGCUGCAGGGGGAGCGGCAAGAGCAACGUGGGUGCUUGGGGAGACUACGAUGACAGCGCCUUUAUGGAUCCCAGGUACCACGUCCAUGGAGAAGAUCUGGACAAGCUCCACAGAGCUGCCUGGUGGGGUAAAGUCCCCAGAAAGGAUCUGAUUGUCAUGCUCAGGGACACUGACGUGAACAAGAGGGACAAGCAAAAGAGGACUGCUCUACAUCUGGCCUCUGCCAAUGGGAAUUCAGAAGUAGUAAAACUCCUGCUGGACAGACGAUGUCAACUUAAUGUCCUUGACAACAAAAAGAGGACAGCUCUGACAAAGGCCGUACAAUGCCAGGAAGAUGAAUGUGCGUUAAUGUUGCUGGAACAUGGCACUGAUCCAAAUAUUCCAGAUGAGUAUGGAAAUACCACUCUACACUACGCUGUCUACAAUGAAGAUAAAUUAAUGGCCAAAGCACUGCUCUUAUACGGUGCUGAUAUCGAAUCAAAAAACAAGCAUGGCCUCACACCACUGUUACUUGGUGUACAUGAGCAAAAACAGCAAGUGGUGAAAUUUUUAAUCAAGAAAAAAGCAAAUUUAAAUGCACUGGAUAGAUAUGGAAGAACUGCUCUCAUACUUGCUGUAUGUUGUGGAUCAGCAAGUAUAGUCAGCCUUCUACUUGAGCAAAAUAUUGAUGUAUCUUCUCAAGAUCUAUCUGGACAGAUGGCCAGAGAGUAUGCUGUUUCUAGUCAUCAUCAUGUAAUUUGCCAGUUACUUUCUGACUACAAAGAAAAACAGAUGUUAAAAAUCUCUUCUGAAAACAGCAAUCCAGAACAAGACUUAAAGCUGACAUCAGAGGAAGAGUCACAAAGGCUUAAAGGAAGCGAAAAUAGCCAGCCAGCGAAAAUGUCUCAAGAACCAGAAAUAAAUAAGGAUGGUGAUAGAGAGCUAGAAGAUUUUAUGGCUAUUGAAGAAGAAAUGAAGAAGCACGGAAGUACUCAUGUGGGAUUCCCAGAAAACCUGACUAACGGUGCCGCUGCUCGCAAUGGUGAUGAUGGAUUAAUUCCUCCAAGGAAGAGCAGAACACCUGAAAGCCAGCAAUUUCCUGACACUGAGCAUGAAGAGUAUCACAGUGACGAACAAAAUGAUAUUCAGAAGCAACUUUCUGAAGAACAGAACACUGGAAUAUUACAAGAUGAGAUUCUGAUUCAUGAAGAAAAGCAGAUAGAAGUGGCAGAAAAGAAAAUGAAUUCUGAGCUUUCUCUUAGUUAUAAGAAAGAAAAAGACCUCUUGCAUGAAAAUAGUACGUUGCAGGAAGAAAUUGCCAUGCUAAGACUGGAGCUAGACACAAUGAAACAUCAGAGCCAGCUAAGAGAAAAGAAAUAUUUGGAGGAAACUGAAAGUGUGGAAAAAAAGAAUGAUAAUCUUUUAAAGGCUCUACAAUUGAAUGAGCUCACCAUGGAUGAUGAUACCGCCGUGCUCGUCAUUGACAACGGCUCUGGCAUGUGCAAGGCUGGGUUUGCGGGUGACGAUGCCCCCCGGGCUGUCAUCCUUUCCAUCGUGGGGCGCCCCAGGCACCAGGGCAUGAUGGAGGGCAUGCAUCAGAAGGAGUCCUAUGUGGGCAAAGAGGCCCAGAGCAAGAGAGGCAUGCUGACCCUGAAGUACCCCAUGGAGCAUGGCAUCAUCACCAACUGGGACGACAUGGAGAAGAUCUGGCACCACACCUUCUACAAUGAGCUGCGUGUGGCUCCUGAGGAGCACCCCAUCCUGCUGACUGAGGCCCCCCUGAACCCCAAGGCCAACCACGAGAAGAUGACCCAGAUCAUGUUUGAGACCUUCAACACCCCAGCCAUGUACGUGGCCAUCCAGGCCGUGCUGUCCCUGUACACCUCUGGCCGUACUACUGGCAUCGUGAUGGACUCUGGUGACGGGGUCACCCACACUGUGCCCAUCUAUGAGGGGAAUGCCCUCCCCCAUGCCACCCUGCGCCUAGACCUGGCUGGGCGGGCUGACUACCUCAUGAAGAUCCUCACCGAGCAUGGCUAUAGGUUCGCCACCACGGCCGAGCAGGAAAUGGUGCGUGACAUCAAAGAGAAGCUGUGCUAUGUUGCCCCGGACUUCGAGCAGGAGAUGGCCACGGCAGCCUCCAGCUCCUCCCUAGAGAAGAGCUACGAGCUGCCCGAUGGUCAGGUCAUCACCAUCGGCAACGAGCGGUUCCGCUGCCCCGAGGCGCUCUUCCAGCCUUGCUUCCUGGGCAUGGAAUCCUGUGGCAUCCAUGAAACUACCUUCAACUCCAUCAUGAAGUCUGAUGUGGACAUCCGCAAAGACCUGUACACCAACACAGUGCUGUCUGGCGGCACCACCAUGUACCCUGGCAUCGCCCACAGGAUGCAGAAGGAGAUCGCUGCCCUGGCGCCUAGCACGAUGAAGAUCAAGAUCAUUGCUCCUCCAAAGCGCAAGUACUCCGUGUGGGUCGGUGGCUCCAUCCUGGCCUCGCUGUCCACCUUCCAGCAGAUGUGGAUCAGCAAGCAGGAGUAUGAUAAGUCAGGCCCCUCCAUUGUCCACUGCAAAUGCUUCUAG